AUGGGAAUAAGACCGGAGUUACAUCUGAAAAAAAAAGCAGACAAAUUUGUUAUGCCACCAGCUAGGUAUGUGAUGUCCACGAAGGAGAUGGAUACUUUUUUUAGGACUUUGAAGGAUAUCAAGGUUCCCGAUGGAUAUUCAUCAAAUAUUUCUCGUUGUGUUAAUGUUAAAGAUCGAAAGAUUAUGGGUCUGAAAAGUCAUGACUGCCAUGUGCUAAUGGAAUGCUUACUUCCGAUCACGUUACGAGGAUUACUUCCUGAGGAUGUGUAUGACGCAGUGAGUGAGUUUUGUAUGUUUUUUAAAGCGUUGUGUACACAAGUUCUCAACAUAGCGGAUCUAGACAAACUAGAAGACAGAAUUGCAAUUACUUUGUGCAAGUUGGAAAAAAUAUUCCCCCCGGGAUUUUUUGUCGUGAUGAUGCAUUUGCCAAUUCAUCUACCACAACAAGCAAAGGAUGCUGGUCCAGUUCAAUAUCUUUGGAUGUACCCGAUUGAGAGGUAUCUGCGCAAGUUAAAGUCUUAUGUGCGAAAUAAAGCAUGUCCAGAAGGCUCUAUGGCUGAAGCAUACUUAAUAGAAGAGAGCCCCACUAUGCUUACGCGAUACUUGAACAGUACUGAUACAAAAUUCAAUCGGGUCUCAAGGAAUGAGGAUUAUGAACAACCACCCUCACGUGAGAAAUUAGUCGUUUUUAGACAAUCUGGUCGGCCCAUUGGGGCUGAAACUUUGGGAACACUUAAGGACUCAGAAAUGCAACAAAUCCAACUUUAUGCUCUGCAGAAUACUGCAGAAGUGGAGCCAUACGAGAAUGAACAUAGAGAAGAAUUAAAAAGGCGUGGCAUAAGAGAUGUUGACGUUGAAAGAAGACACAACGAAGAAUUUCCUUUUUGGUUUGCCAGCAAAAUAUAUCAACUGCACAAAAAUGGUAUGGUGAGUGAUGAACUCUAUUCGUUGAGUCAAGGUCCUAAUAAAGAGUGUUCGUCUUUCAAUGGAUACAUCAUCAACGGGUUCAGAUUCCAUACAAAAGCGUGGGAGAUGCGAUGGAAGACACAGAAUAGUGGAGUAUGUAUAAAGGGAGGGGAAGGUGAAGAUGAUGAUAUGAAUGAUUAUUAUGGAGUGGUAUAUGAAAUUAUCGAGGCACGCUAUUUAAACCAAUUACAAAUUCUUUUUUUCAAAUGCAAUUGGCGUCCGGUUGCAAAUCAAGGUGGCUCCAAAAGAGAUAACUACGGAUUUACUUGCGUUAAUCUCAACAGAACCUGUUAUGCGAAUGAACCAUUUGCGUUAGCGCACCAAGCACAACAGGUUUUCUAUAUGAAGGACAUAAAGAAUCGACAAUUGGAAGUGGUUAUAAAAACACGACCUCGCUGCUCUUAUAACAUUCCAAAAAAAAAUUCAGUGGAACUUAUUGCACCAGAAAACUCGAGUUCUGAUGAAGCAUAUCAAGAAUGGUAUUCAAGUUAUUCAAUCAACGAUCUUAAACGAGUGCCCCAACAAGAUCAUAAUGAAAAUUUGGUUUGGGAUAGGACUGAUGUUCUGCCAGAAACCAUCAGCCAUGAAGAAGUAAUAGCUACCAUCCAAAGACAAGAGGAGGAGGAGGAGGAAGCUGAUAGUGACGCAGUUUACACCACUGACGAAGACGAUGACUUUGAACUUGGAGAUAUGGGAUUCUGA